CACACGAUGCAGUUAUCGUGGUGAAUCGAAGGACUGCGCUACUUCGCUUUUGGAGAGAAGCGUGGAACUGAAGAGAAACUGUUAUAAUAUAAUUGCAACAGUCGUCGAAUGAAAUAAACCGGAAAAAAUUGUUACGAUUUUAAGUUUGAACGUGUUUGAGAAUGGGACAGGCCGUAGAAUGGAAUUCUGACACUGCGCACGUUUUAACACUUCAUAAGUAUCUUCUUGGGAUACUUGGACUCUGGGUACUAGAUGAAGAAACUAGAUUUUCGAGGAUUAGAUGGUUUAUGUCGACGAUAAUAGAACUGAGUGCAACGAUCAGCCUAUCACUGGAAGUUAUCUAUCACUGUCGUGGGCACGAGGACGCAUUGGAUGCUUUUCUAUCAGCAUCCACAUCCAUUACUAGUAUAUCGAAACUGCUCCUGCAUCGUGUGAAUUGGAGGCACAAAUUAAUUUUGGUGGAAUCUGUUAUUAAUGAUUGGACCGUCGUGAACAAUUGUUAUUCACGCGAAAUUAUGUUGAAAUAUGCGCGCAUCAGUAGGCUGGUUUCUUUGGUAUUCCUAUACUUCGGAUGUGCUUCUUGCGUGUUUCUCUUCUCACCCUUUAUAUUAGCCAACUUUAAUCUGUUGUGGACCACUGAAGAACAGAUUUACAACAAAACGAGUGAAUGGAAAUUGCUUUUAGCAGCUUAUUGCGUCUUCGGAAGUUAUACGUCUUUCGCUUACGGUUUAAUUGAAGUCCUGCAGGCAUUACAAAUCCUGGUCAACUGUAUCUCGCAGUGUGGAAAUGACGGAUUCUUCUUCAAUCUCACGAUGCACGUAUGCGGGCAGUUUGAAGUUCUCAGAAUGGACUUCUCUCAAAUAGAUAGCAAGGAAUUGCUUAGUCGCAAUAGACUUGGUAUUCUGUUGAAAAGGCACCAUCGCCUUAUAUACUUGGCGCAUCAUCUGCAAAAAGCAUUCAGUCUGGUCAUCUUAUCACAACUUUUAAUGAGUGUUAUUCUAUUGUGCGUCGAAGGCUUUCAAUUAAUCCUCACACUUUCGAUGAACAAUACAUACGCUGCCACGAAGCACCUUCUCUUCAUCGUCGUUCUGCUGAUGCAACUUUUCCUUUACUGUUUCGCCGGACAGACUUUGGAAUUUCAAUCGCAAGGAUUAGUUUCUGCGAUUUACAAUUCACCGUGGUACAACUUCGACACGAGCGUGAUGAAGAAUUUACCAUUUAUGAUUCUUCGGGCAGCUCAUCCUCAUCAGUUAACCGCAGGAAAAUUUUUAGCAAUAAAUUUUAUAAGUUUUAAGGAAAUUCUGAAGGCUUCCGCCUCAUAUUUAUCCGUAUUAAGAGUAAUGCUAGAAACGUGAUCGGGAAUUCUGUUUGGAAUAAAGAUUGUAUUUCUUAUCGCGUAAUUUUACUUUAAAUAUAUCAUA